ACAUUAAUAAACUGCUAUUCACGUCUAUCUAUCUAUAAGCCACCACACCUUUAAAGUAAUUUUUAUUUUUUUAAAGGACAUGCUGAUAGAGGAUAGACUGCAGCGACUAAGAGAUGUGAGUGCAGAAGGACGUCUGCAAAUCCAUCAGGUGGCCAGCAUCUUCCUGCCAGAGGACGAGAACUUUCUGCUGUUGUUCCGCAGAGAAACGCCGCUGGACAACAGUGUGGAGUUCAUGAGGAUCUGGAGACGCUACGAUGCUGACAGCAGUGGAUUCUUAUCAGCCGUGGAACUCAAGAGUUUCCUUGAAGAUCUGUUUGAGCAGCACAACAAGUGCAUCACGCCAGACAAACUGGAGAUGUACACCAGCACCAUCAUGAAAAUGUUUGACAAAAACCAAGAUGGCCACCUGGAUUUAAAUGAUAUGGCCAGAAUUCUGUCCUUAAAGGAGAAUUUCCUGCUGAAGUUUGAGAUGGAUGCCUGCACUCAAAAGGACAGAGCGAGAGAUUUCGAGAAAAUCUUUGCCCACUAUGAUGUGAGUAAAACAGGAGCCCUGGAAGGACCAGAGGUGGAUGGAUUCGUUAAAGACAUGAUGGAGUUGGUGAAGCCCAAUCUUAGUGGUGCAGACUUGGACAGGUUCAAGCAAGCUCUGCUUAGCCACUGUGACAUCAACAGAGACGGAAAAAUCCAGAAGAACGAACUGGCCCUAUGUCUAGGGCUGAAGCACGGUCACUGAAGCACACAGAGUGAUU